CCCCGCGAGCACGCAAUCUUGAUGAUCUCAUUCAACAUGUUCAAAGAGUUGUGCAAUCACGUUGUUACGUGUUCUUCUCCAGUUGCUUAAAUUCACCAAGGGAGCAUAGGCCUACAUCCUAGAGUGAAAAGAGUUUUCCGAUGGCAGAAUCCAAGCUACGUGAGACAGCGCCUGAAUUCCAUCCUGUACAGUCGCAGUCGUACACACCCCAGUAUCAUUAUAGCGAACAGCAAAACUUCCAACCUUACCAGCAGUACCUCUACACCCAGAACUAUGGUCCGACAGACCCAACAUACACAGGGCAUGGUGCUCGUGGCAGACCAUUCAGUAGGAGGGAACGGGGCAGAUACCGCCAAAAUUUCAGCCAGGCGUUUGAGGCCAGUACCGGUAGCUAUCAGCCCGCAUAUGGAGGCGAAUUCUAUCUGCCUGCAGCCAUCCCAGGCAACUUCAACCAGGAGGAGUUCUUUGGCUUGCACAGCCAGCGAGGGGUUGCCGGGGUCAGAGGGCGCGGAAUGAGGUCUCCGCGGGGUCUGUUUAGAGGUCAGAAUCAUCCGAAGCCGCAGCUGUACUUUCACGGUCAGGCGCCAGCAGUGAAUAGUGACCUGCAGCAGCCUGUUGGUUCAUCUCUGGAGAGCGGACGUGGAGACAGGCGCCCAGAGUUGGGAAGAGGGAGGGGUAAAACUAAUGCGGCAAAGCAACAAAACAGAAAUGAAUUUGGCAAGGCGCGAAAUCGGCCCAAGUACCGAGGCAGCACGGAGACGCAGACAGGCUCCAUGAUCGAGCAGCUGACGGAAGGCAGCUAUGAGUGCACAGUGUGCUGCGAGACGGUGCGCUGCGACUCCCCCAUCUGGAGCUGCCAGGAGUGCUACACCGUCUUCCACCUGCGCUGCAUCAAGAAGUGGGCCAAGUCGCCGGCUGCAGCCACUGAAGAUUCAGAUGGUUGGCAGUGCCCUAUGUGUCGUAACAUCACCCUUCCAAUCCCCUACGCCUACAAGUGCUUCUGCAGUAAGAUGCGCGAUCCCCCGUUCCACCCAGGCGAGAUGCCGCACAGCUGCGGCGAGGUCUGCCGGCGCAAGCGGGCCAAGACCAAUUGCGUGCACCCCUGCAGCAUCCUCUGCCAUCCGGGGCCCUGUCCGCCGUGCCCGGCCAACAUCAAGCAGUCGUGCCUGUGCAAGAGGACGUCGCAGACGGUCCGCUGCGGCACAGCACAGGUCAUCCGGUGUCAGUCAGAGUGCGGACGGAAGCUCAACUGCGGCACACACACAUGUGAGGUGGUGUGCCACGAGGGCAGUUGUGAGCCGUGUCAGGUGGAGUUGAAGCAAGAGUGCUACUGUGGUAAGGACUCCAGAGUAGUGCUGUGCAGUUUGGAUGAUGACGGUAACCUGCUGAAAGAAGGCCGUGCUCGGUACCCAUGCAAAGCUAUCUGUGACAGAAUGCUACCCUGUGGUAACCACACCUGCAAACGACUUUGCCACCCCGCCCCCUGCGACCCUUGCCCUCUGACCCCAGACCUAGUCACCCACUGUCCCUGCGGUCAGACCAAGUUGAUGGAGCUCGCGCCCGACGGCGGCGCCCGCAAGACUUGCCUCGACCCAGUUCCGACGUGCAAGAACACGUGUGGCAAGCCACUCAAGUGUGGUGGAGACAACGUGCACACCUGUAAGGAGACGUGCCACGAAGGGGACUGCCCUGCCUGCCCCCUGACCUCCACGGUGCGCUGCCGCUGCGGCCAUCGCAUGAUCGACGUUCUCUGCCGGGACCUCGUCCAGUCGUACGACGCCAGCACGGGCCUGGUUUCCAUGCUGUGUGACCGCAAGUGUCCCAAGAAGAAGGACUGUGGGAAACACAAAUGCAACACUAAAUGCUGUGUGGCUAAGGAGCAUCACUGUAAUCUGAUCUGUGGUCGCAUGCUGAACUGCGGACUCCACCGCUGUGAGGAAAUGUGCCAUCCUGGUAAUUGUGUGCGCUGCCUGAAUGCUAGUUUCGAGGAGUAUACCUGUCACUGCGGCGCCACAGUCAUGAUGCCACCUAUCCGGUGUGGCACCAAGCCUCCCGAGUGUGACCAGCUGUGUGCCCGGCAGCAUGACUGUGAUCACCCAGUCCGUCACACCUGCCACAACGAAGACGUCUGCCCGCCCUGUGCCGAGCUGACAUCCAAAAUGUGCAUGGGUAAUCAUGAGAUGCGGUACAACAUACCGUGCCACAUCAAGGAUAUCUCCUGUGGUCAUCCCUGUGGGAAGAAACUGCCAUGCAGGAUGCACACUUGCAAGAUGAUUUGUCACAAGGUUAUCUGCGAAGACUGUAAGCAACCUUGCCUCGUGCCCCGCCCAGAGUGUGGUCACCCCUGCUCCGCUCCGUGCCACAUGGGCACGCCCUGCCCGCCCAGUCAGUGCAAGACCAGGUUUGUCAUCCGCUGUGCCUGCGGGAACCGCUCGGAGACCGUUCAGUGCCUGCAGGGCGGGGAUGAUGCCAGGCUGACAGAGGCAUUCCAGAGACUAGCAACGUCAACCUUGGCCGGGCAAGGCAGCCAAUCGGGUCAGGAUGUCGACAUCAGCCAGCUGAUGGCCUUGAGAAACAGCAAGACACAAAGACAAUUAGAAUGCAAUCAAAAAUGUGCCAUCCUGUCCAGAAAUAAGCGCCUUGCUGAUGCCUUACAGAUCAAGGAUCCAGACACUUCCAAGAUUCCCACAGUGUACAGCGCCUUCCUGAAGGAGCAGGCCAGGAAGAAUCCCCAACUGAUAGCCAACAUCAUCAAGGAGUUGUCAGCGUUGGUCACCUCUGCUCAAUCUUCCAAACAGCCCAGCCGUAGCCACGCCUUCCCAGUGAUGAACCAGAACCAACGGCGUGUGGUCCAUGAGCUAUCGGAGAUGUACCGCUGUGAAUCCCAGAGCUACGACCAGGAGCCCAAGCGCAACGUGGUCACGACGGCUAGGAAAGGGAUGUGCUUCAUACCCACUGUGUCACUCUCCGUGGUCAUUGAGCGGGAGACACACCCAAAGGCCCCACCCCCAAUCAUGCACACCAAGCACGAAGCUCCCAGACGCCUGACGUCUCUCUCCAAGAUGCCACGCCCGGAGAGCCCUACAAGCCCCCCGCCUCCUCAGAAAGAGCCAGAGGUAGAUAACACCGAGGUGCCCGACUCUUGGGAGGUCAGAUAGUCAUCAUAGCAACCUGCUUCCCAAGUAUAUUGGUGUAGUGUGUGACUGAACUUAAAAUGACAUGACCCAAAUGAGUCUGAUGGCCAAUUUUUUUCUCCCGUAAAUUGGAUUUGCUUUGCACUGAGAAGAGGGAUCCUAAUGAGAAUGGACAUUAUAGGAGUCAAACUUGCGGAGGAUUCCUACCGAUUUCCAGGGUGCAAGAUUCUUUUGAAAACCUUUAACUCGGAAGUUGCCCUGGCGGUUUGCAUCUUAUUUUGUUGAGUUGAUUCAUAUACAAGGAGGGGGGGCCCUAAAGUUUUUGUUUAAAAUGAAAGAAAGGUAAUUUGGGGUCUUUUUUGCUUUAUCUUUCAAAAGCGUGCAAUAAGCAUUAAAUUGUAGCAUCGACACUCAGAAAGAUCAUACCAAAUGUCCAUAUUUUGUCGCCCCUAAACAAUUAGCCCCCCCCCCCAAAAAAAAAGUUGGUUCUGGAUCUGACCUUGUUCAUAUAAACUUAUAUAUCGACCUUUGCAUUGCAUGACAAAACUACAGGUAUAUGUUAAUCUAAGUACACGAAUCAGAUUGGUAUGAGAAAUAGUUGCCACAGAACUGGUCAUUGUCACUUGAGACUAUGGCUGCUGGCAAAUCUGUUGUCUGGAUCUAAGUUUCGAUCUUCUCUCCACUGGAAAUACAUGCAGGCAAUAGACCUAGCCAUAGCUCUGGAAGUCCAUUUCGGACAUGACCAAUCUUCACAUGUGUAGAGUUUUUGUAUGCAGGCCUCUGUGACUAGUCAGCCAUUUUGGUCUGGUUGUUAGUGUCAGGAUGAUAUCCUGGCAGUAAUUUCGGAAUGUAUAUAAUUGAUAAAAGGACAGAAACUAGAUGGGUGUUUGCCGAAGGAAAAGUUGGUAUUGUGGACAAAAGUAUUUUUGAUUAAGUGCUUAAGGGUAAAGAAUUACCCUAAUGAGAGCUCUGUAAACCAUGUUCAGUGAGUUUGUUAUCGGAAUUCUGAAAUCGUUUCAAAUAGAAGUGUGCGGAAAGGCACGAUUCAAUUUUAAUUAAACUUUAUUUUGGAUCCAGUCCAAAAUUAGAGCUCUGUAAAGUCUUUUUCCUUGUUUUCUUGUUAAGCUACACUUUUGUUUUCUGAUAUAGUGUUGCUAAGACAGUUGCCAAAGUGUCAUGUAGUACAUUUCCUUUUUGAAAUAAAACCUCAAUGUAUAGAUGAUCCAAGGCAUUCCUUUUUAUUGGAGAAAAGAGUACAUAUUCCCAAGUUGAAUCUUUAUUCCAACUGAAUUUAAAGAAAAAGAUGGUUAGUAAAGCCUGUGUCUUUAGUUGAAUUUGUAAGAAUCCAGAUAAAACAAAAUCGGUUAUGAAGUGGUUGCUUUAAGGCCAUUUCAUCCAGCAGACGAAGACCAAAUUAUUAAUUUGUGGAGCAAAUUCACAAAUUAGUUAAGCAUAUUUCGACUCGAGCAAAUUUCACUGCAAAUGUUAUGUAAUAUCAAAAGCGCUUCACUUUGACUUUCGCCUUUAGUGUGAAGUGGCCUUUAUUUUCAGAGGGCUUAAUAGAUAUUUUAUUCAUUGAUUUUCUUUCAUGUCCGGCUGGGGGAAAAAUGACAGUAUAUUUUCUUUGAGUUCAUUUCAGAAACUUCCUCGUUUUUUCAUGUUUUUUGUUUUCCUUCGGUUUUCCCUGUGUCUUCAAUCGGUAACACCAGGCAGUUUUGAAGUUUUGAAUGCCUCCUGUUUCUUAAGAUAUUUCCCAAGGGAGCGAGUUUAAACACAAACUUUAUUUUGAAACGCCUUUUCCCUUCAAAAUGGUGGAUCCGUUCCCGAUUGAUAUCGACUUUAAUUUGAUUUUUUAUUUUGAAAGUUAGUUUCAUUUUUGAAUUAGUGCUGUAAAGAAGCCUUUUUUGACGUUAAUGAAACCAUCAACUUAACCCAGUAAUAAUAGUAUACGCUAUCCUCGGCAGAAUAUAUAAGCGUGCUUUCCUUUUUUUUCGAGAUCUUCAAGAGUUGUUUGAAACUGAAGCCAUUAUUAAAAACAAACUGCUGAUCAGAA